AUGUCUAAUUUAUCUUUUAAAUGGGAAUUAUUAUCAUUUAUCCCUCUAUUGGCUGUGAUUUAUAUGAUUUUCAAUGCUGCUUAUCAUAAUUCAGAUCCUCAAAUAUUAAAUUGGAAUUUAGUUUCUCAAAACUCUUUACACCCUUUACCAAAUCAAGAAAUUAUAACUAUUGACAAUUUUAAUUUACAAUCUGAUUUUAAUCUUUAUAACAUUUAUCCUUAUAAUGAUGUUAAUAAAACUGAAUUUAAUAAUUGGAUUGAAAAACAAUUUCAUAUCUCAUUUAAUAAAAUUUUAUUAAAUAUUGCAGAUCCAAUUUUAAAUAAUGAUUUAAUUGAAAAUGAUAAUGUUACUCCAGGUGCAAAUUUAGCUUCAACUUCAAAAAAACAUCCAGAUUAUUUUUAUCAAUGGAUUAGAGAUGGUGCUAUUACAAUAAAUUCUUUAAUAAGUCAUUUAAAUGAAUUUGAUUCUUUCCAAAAUGAAACUUUACAAAAAGUUGUGGAAAAUUAUAUUAAAAAUAAUUAUCAUUUACAAAGAUUAGAUAAUUGGAGUGGGAAAUUUAAUGAUUCUUCAGAUCCUUUAAAUAAAUUUAAAAAUUUAGGUGAACCAAAAUUUCAUGUUGAUUCAACUCCUUUUAAUCAAGUUUGGGGUAGACCACAAAAUGAUGGACCUGCUUUAAGAAUUAUUUCAAUUGAUAAAUUUAUAAAAUCUUUAAACAAUCAUGGGAAACAAUUUAUUCAAACUGAUGAAAUUAUUAAAUCAACUCGUGAUAUUUAUAAAUUAAUUAUUAAAUUAGAUUUAAAAUUUAUUAUUGCAAAUUGGAAUUUAGAAAAUUUUGAUUUAUGGGAAGAAGUUAAUUCAUUCCAUUUUUUCACUUCAUUAACUCAAUUAAAAGCUUUAAAAAUUGGUUUAAAAUAUUUCAAAAAUUUUAAUGAUGAAGAUUUAGAAUUUGGUGAAAAUUUACAAACUGUUUUAAUUGAUUUAACAAAAUUUAUUUAUGAAGAUUCAGGUUUUAUUAAUUAUAAAUUAAAUCAUAUUGUGGAAACUCCAUCUUUCUUACAUGAACGUUCAGGUUUAGAUGCUGCAAUUAUUAUUGGCUCUUUAAUUACUCAUGAUGAUUUUGAUGAUGUUGUCCCAUUUGAUGUUAAUGAUGGUUUAAUUUUGAAUACAUUAAGUGAAUUAAUUAAAACGAUGAAAUAUCUUUAUCCAAUUAAUCAUUCCAAAAUUAAUUUAAAUCUUGGUGUUGCACUUGGUCGUUAUCCUGAAGAUAUUUAUGAUGGUUAUAAAACAAGUGAAGGUAAUCCAUGGUUUUUAACAACUUUAUCUGCAAGUGAAUUACUUUUUAAAUUAAUUGCAAAUUUAUAUAACCUAAAGCAAGAUUUAAUUAUUGAUUCUUCAAAUCAACAUUUUUAUUAUAAUAAUGUUAUUGAACUGAAUUCAAUUUAUUCAAAUUCUCCAUUAAUUAAACAUUCAAAUGGUCAUGAUCUGAUUUUAAAAAUUCCAUACAAUUCAUUAGCUUUUAAUCAAACAAUUGGUAAUUUAUUUGCAUUUGGUGAUUCAUUUUUAGAAAUUAUUAGAGAACAUGUUUCAAAUGAUGGUUCAAUUAGUGAACAAUUUAAUAAAUAUACUGGAUUUAUGCAAGGUGCAGAAAAUUUAACUUGGAGUUAUGGAAAUUAUUGGAAUGCAUAUAAAUGGAGACAAAGAGCUUUUAAUUUGAUUGGAUAG